AUGGCAGAGAAUUCCCCCCGAAACUGCCAAACCUGUGACCGAACGGCCCUACCGGCGGACGACAACAUACAGUGCGGCCUCUGCAAGUUGUGGGAGCACGCGGAAUGCGCUGGCAUCGACAUGCAUACCCGACAGCCGGGUGUUUUAUAUGUGUGCGGUAAAUGCUCGUUGCAGGGGAAGUCCGACCACUUGAAAGUACCCGAAAUUGGUGGCCGCACGACUCGAUCAAGUUCCAAACCAGGAUCUAAGGCAAGUUCUAAGGUAGGAUCGACAAGAAGUUGUAAGAAGGGAAAAUCGAAUCCUGGUGGCAGUGUAACGUCGAGUGUACGUGCUGCAAUAUUAACGGAGCAGCUGAAACUCGUCGAGAAGGAGCAGAAGAUGCAGGAACUAGCCCUCCAAGAAGAGCAGGAUGUUCGGAACCGACUGUUGGACGAAGGAGAACGCCAAUUGGAGGAGAAAAAGCGUCUUCGAGAGCGAAGAUUAAAGGAGGAGUUAGAAUUGAAGCAAAAAGAACAACAGAUUAGGAAGGAAUCUUUAGAAAAGCGGCAAGCGCUCAUCCGGCACAUAGCAGAGGCUAGUAGCAGAGGUGGUUCCAUCGUCAACUCAAACCAGAUGGUGGAAGAUUGGUUAAACAGACAGGACGCUGGACAAUCAAACGGAAAUCUACUGGGGAAUCCAAACAACCCCAACCCAUCAAGUCCACCGGCUCCGUUGCCGCUGCCAUCGAACCCGCCUGUUCCCGUACCGCAGACUCCGAUUCCAUCCGGAAUUCCCGGUACGCCAGGGGAUCCGCAGCCAACGUAUCUGCCCUCUCCGUCGCCUCAGCUACCACAACCCGUUGACCCGACUCAACCUUCUUCGGCCAGCCCCGUUCCCCUCGUUCGCGUAUUAACACAAGCACAAAUAGCGGCGAGGCAAGUUUUAGCCAAAGAUUCGCCCUUGUUUAGCGGGAGCCCGGAGGACUGGCCCUUAUUUAUAAGUAAUUUUGAACAGUCUACGACCACCUGCGGUUAUUCAGAUGCGGAAAACCUAGUACGCCUUCAGCGGUGUUUGAAAGGACACGCACUAGAGUCCGUACGAAGUCGCUUACUCCUGCCGGUGAGCGUACCGCACGUCGUUCAGACUCUGCGUACGUUAUUUAGAAGACCUGAUUUCCUGAUUAGGUCGCAAUUGAGCAAGAUUAAUCAAAUUCCCUCGCCGCGACACGACCGACUGGAAACGGUCAUUCACUUUGGCCUAGCAGUGCAGAAUCUUGUUGAUCACCUCAAAGCGGGACAGCAACUCAAUCAUCUCGCGAAUCCUGUGCUUUUACAGGAACUGGUGGAGAAAUUGCCCGGUUCAAUGCGUCUUGACUGGGCAGUUUACAAAAACAAUCAUCCGCCUGCAACGUUGGACACCUUUGGCAUCUUCAUGUCUGGUUUGGUCACAGCGGCAAGCGAAGCACAUUCUGCAGAGCAGCCGACAGCUCCAACCACUAACAAAACCUCCACCGGCGCGAAACCGGACAAGCAGUGCCAAGCGUGCGGUCGAACCGGCCAUCGAGUUGCUGAGUGUCAUCAAUUCGGGGGAGCCAGUUUAGACGAACGGUGGAAGCUAGUCCAGCAGAAAGAACUUUGUAGAACCUGCCUCAAUAGUCACGGCAAGUGGCCGUGCCGAUCCUGGAAAGGCUGUGGUGUCCAGGAAUGUCGCCAGAAACACCAUACACUUUUACACUCCGACACGUCCUGCGAUCGAUCCGUUUCAGCUAGUCACGUAACCUCCGGUAAUUUUCAGUGGCCACUUUUCCGCAUUCUUCCCGUGGUUCUGUAUGGCAACCAUUCCUCCCAAGUUGUCUACGCCUUCAUCGAUGAAGGAUCGUCCUACACUCUCCUGGAUGAAUCAGUUGCGAAAGGUCUGGGAGUCGCGGGGAAAACAGAUCCGCUCACCUUGAAGUGGACCGGAAACGUGACACGGGUCGAACCGACCUCGCAAUGUGUCCAGCUUGAUAUCUCCGGCAAAAAUAUAAAUUCCCGAUACACUCUUUUCAAUGUCCGGACGCUUCUCAUCGGCUUGGAUAAUUUGAAACUGGGAGUUCCGCUCAAGCUGCGAGAAGGAGGGCAAACUCAUCCGAUUGGGGCAAAGUGCCGUCUAGGUUGGAGUGUCUACGGUUACGUCCCAAAUCAGUCGUCGCAUUCAGCAAUCGUUGGAUUUCACGUCGGAGCGGUCUCAGAUCGCGACCGCGAACUCAACGAACAGCUCCAUGACUAUUUCACGCUUGAAGACAACGGAGUCACCAUUCCAAGUCCUGAAUUGGAAUCCGAAGAUGAGAAACGAGCGAUACGGUUACUACAGGAGACUACACGACGCACGCCCGAGGGAGCACAUUUCGAAACCGGAUUACUGUUUAAAACGGACGAUCCAAACUUUCCUGACAGUUAUCCCAUGGCUGUCCGACGUCUGGAGGCACUUGAGCGUAGACUUCAACAAGAACCAGCGCUGAAAGAACGUGUGCACCAGCAAGUAUUAGACUACGAACGGAAAGGAUACACACACCGUGCAACUCUUGCCGAAUUGACUUCCGUUGAGGCAAAUCGUGUAUGGUACCUUCCCCUAGGUGUCGCUACAAACCCCAAAAAACCAGACAAAAUCCGGCUGAUCUGGGAUGCGGCGGCCAAGGUGGGGGAAGUCUCCUUUAACUCCCGUCUCUUAAAAGGACCCGACCUACUAGUCGCGCUCCCGACGGUCCUCAGCCAGUUUCGCCAAUUUCCAGUGGCGCUUACUGGUGACGUCAUGGAAAUGUUUCAUCAGCUGCGAAUGCGUUUUCCUGACUGUCAAUCGCAACGUUUCCUUUUCCGGUUUUGUUCCUCGGAUAACCCCCAAGUCUACGUCAUGGACGUCGCUACAUUUGGGGCGUGCUGUUCCCCGGCGUCGGCACAGUACGUAAAGAACCUUAACGCCGAUGAGUUCGCUAGCGAUUAUCCAAGAGCAGCAGACGCCAUCAAGAAAAAGCAUUACGUCGACGACUACUUGGACAGCUUCAAGACGAUCGAGGAGGCGAUUACAGUCGUGAACGAGGUCAGGCUUUUGCAGUCCAAGGGAGGCUUCACUUUACGGCGAUUCCUUUCCAAUGAAUCCGAAGUGCUGCGAGGAAUAGGUGAAGUAGCUGAAGAGGAAUCUAAAAGCCUUCAUAUGGAACGAGAGGGCAAGUCCGAAUCGUUACUUGGGAUGCAAUGGAUCCCGAAAGAAGAUGUGUUCAUCUACUCCUUCGGAACACGCGAUGAUUUACAGGCCAUCCUGCAUCCAGAUCAUAUGCCCACCAAGCGUGAAGUGGCCAAGGUGGUCAUGAGCCUUUUCGAUCCGCUCGGUCUAAUCGCGUAUUUCCUGGUUCACGGUAAAAUCUUUAUCCAGGAGCUCUGGGCGCGUGGAGUCGGCUGGGAUCAAGAAAUCCCCCAAGAACUAAAUGGACGUUGGCGACAAUGGGUGUGCUUACUCCAGCAACUGGGUCAACUUCGCAUUCCUCGGAGCUACUUCCAACCGACACAUGACUAUUCUCGUCUGCAAAUCCACGUCUUGGCUGAUGCUAGCGAAACCGCUUACGCCUGUGCAGUGUACUUCCGCUUGGAGACGUCCCGCGGCAUAGAAGUGACACUUGCUGAAGCCAAAACUAAAGUUGCCCCGUUGAAAACACUAUCUAUUCCUCGUCUCGAACUGAAAGCGGCAGUUUUGGGCGUACGCUUGAUGAACACGGUCCUGAAACGUCAUACCUUCGUGGUUUGUCAACGCUACUGUUGGAGUGAUGCAACCACUGUCCUCGCGUGGGUGCGCUCCACCGAUCAUCGGCGUUAUCAUAAAUAUGUAGCCGUUAGGGUCGGCGAGAUCUUGUCAUCCACGCAACAAUCCGAGUGGCGCUGGGUCCCAACCAAGCUCAAUGUUGCGGAUCUCGCUACAAAGUGGAACAACGGUCCGCAAAUUACCAUGGACAGUCCCUGGUUUCAAGGCCCGGCCUUUCUCUACGAGCUCGAAGAGGGCUGGCCCAAGCAGCAAACGAUUGCCUCAACCGAGCAAGAGCUUCGUCCGUCCCAUUUUCAUGCCGCACACUUCUCUUCGGACAUGGCAUUCAACCGAUUUAAUCGAUGGACCAAGAUGCAGCGUGUAGCUGCAUAUGUUCUUCGCGGGUUGAACAACUUCCCCAAGCGCCGAUCGAGGGAAAACCUGCAACUCGGAAACCUAACAAGCGACGAACUUCGACGAGCAGAAGAAAUCCUCCUGAAAACGGCACAAAGCGAUUUCUACGCGGAGGAAAUUGCAGUUUUGGCUAAGACUCAAGGUCCACCCGAGCAGCGUCAUGCAAUCGUGGACAAAUCCAGCUCUAUCAACAAGCGGUGGCCAUACCUGGACGAGAGCGGAGUUCUGCGAAGUCGGGGACGAAUUGGCGCGGCACCAUACGUACCGGCCGAAGCUAAGUUCCCAAUCAUCCUCCCCAAACAACACCUAAUCACCUUCCUUAUUGUAGACUGGUACCACCGCCGUUUCCGUCAUGCCUACCGAGAAACCAUUUUCAACGAAAUCCGCCAACGGUUCGAGAUUUCAAACCUGAGACGACUACUGGAGAAAGUUCAGAAAGCGUGCGCUUUCUGUCGCGUAGCGAAGGCGAUGCCAACACCACCACCAAUGGCUCCGCACCCUGAGAUGUGCUUGACGGCUUUCGUUCAGCCCUUCACGUUUACCGGAUUAGACUAUUUCGGGCCGAUACUGGCGAAGGUGGGUAGGGUCAACGUGAAGCGCUGGGUGGCACUAUUCACGUGCCUCACGACUAGAGCAAUCCACAUGGAGGUGGUACACUCGUUAAGCACGGAGUCCUGUAUCAUGGCAGUACAACGUUUUGUGGCACGCAGAGGCAUCCCAAGGGAAUUCUGGACCGAUAUUGCUACCUGCUUCCAAGGCACCAGCAACGAGAUGAGGGCGCUAAAAGAAGCUAGAGACAAGGCUUUAUCCACAAAGUUCACGACCUCCCAAACUACCUGGAAGUUUAUACCCCCAGCGGCACCACACAUGGGCGGUGCGUGGGAGAGAUUAGUUCGGUCGGUCAAGGUAGCGAUUGGAGCGGUUAUGGAUGGCCCACGGAAACCCGAUGACGAGACACUGGAGACGAUUCUCCUGGAAGCGGAGGCCAUGAUCAACUCCAGGCCUCUCACCUUCAUUCCGCUGGAAUCUGCGGAUCAGGAGGCAAUGACCCCAAACCAUUUUUUGUUGGGCAACUCUUCUGGCACGAAGUUUCUACCCACCGUAAAGCUGGACAGUCGUUCAACACUCCGAAGCAGUUGGAAGUUGGCCAAGUACAUUACCGAUGAGUUCUGGCGCAGGUGGCUAAAGGAGUACCUCCCCGUAAUCACACGAAGAUGCAAAUGGUUCAAGGACGUGAAAGAUCUGGAGGUAGGUGACCUAGUUUUGGUGGCUGACGGAGCGGCACGGAACCAGUGGGCUAGGGGGAGGAUCGAGAGGGUGAUUCCAGGACGAGACGGCAGAGUACGACAAGCAUUGGUUCGGACAUCGUCAGGAACUCUACGUAGACCAGCGGUGAAGUUAGCUGUUUUGGACGUCGAGGUGAACAGUAAACCUGGCAUCGGUGACUCCGGAUCUUGA